AGGAAGGAAAAAAACGUGAAUUAAUUAUCAUUAUAACGGUGUGCCAUCAUUUUAAUUCAAAAUCUCUUUUUAUUCACCCAGCUGGAGUAUUUUUGUUUAUAUUUUGCUCGAGGCACAUGCAAACUAGAACUCGGAGGCCAAAACCAGCCGCACCAAUUGCAUUUGAAAACGUCACUUGAUAAGGAAGUAGUGCCCGCAUGCGAGCGUGAAUACCACGUUACAAAACCGAUUACUCAAUCCAGUUGAAUGAAGGAAUUUUCACAUUUUUAACGUGACGGAACAUAAUUCAUCUUCUGACUAUUAUUUGUGGGCGUGACCCCCUGUCACGAUGACAUGAUGGUUGACAGUUCUAUAAUGCACAUCCAACAAUGAAGCAAAUUGUGAGCUGAGGCCCAAGAUGAUGUUUCGACUCCAGCGUGUGAGCACCUGCUUUCGAAGGUUACUUCACAAGGUCCCCGUAAACCACGAUCAGGUUCUGGAUCAGUUGCGGAUCUGUUCUGCCGAAGACCAUGUGUUUGACUUGGUGGGUAAGAACAAGGCCAAGCUCACUGUGGACCACGUGAGUUUGGCCGUGAAGAUGCUGUGGUAUUUCCAGAAAGAGAAACCGCAAUUGCUAAGAACAGUUCAUCUCAUCAAGAAUCAUCCACAGUUCCUGACACUUCGGGUUCUGGCUGAGAACAAAAUUUCUCUCAUGGAUGACUUUAUGUUGGUGGACUUACUGUAUAGUUUCCUCAGGUUGAAUGUAGAUCCUCAUGACUCGCUUGUUCAGCAUUUGGUUUCAGAGGCUUGGUUAAGAUUAGACAAACUUCCAUUAACUUCCCUGUCCAAGUUUGCCAUUUGCCUUAGUGAUCAGCAACUUCAACAAAGUCCUCUAAUGGGCCACAUCACAAACAUUGUGGAUCAGAAGUUGUCGUCCAUCAAUGAUGCCAGAAUCCUAACGACGUUACUGAUUAGCAUUUCAUCCCUGGUGUCUCCCCGUCUACGGGAUGCCUUGAUUAGUCGAGCGGACCACCUCUUAGACAAGAUGGAUCCGUCAAACUACAACAACGCUCGCAGAGUGGUGCAAUUCCUGCGCAACAUCAAGUACAGCCACAGGCCUCUCCUGGAGAAAUGCAACCAGAUCUUCUUGCGCAACAUUCCCAGGCUGGAGGCGGAAAACAUCAGCAUUUUCAUGGGGCUGUAUCAGUCGCUGCAGUUCAACAACUGCGACUUCAGGCUGGCUGUGAAACUACGGCUGAUGGAACUCAUCGAGUCGAGCACGGAGCCCCUCUCCUUUACGAAAUUGUUUGCUGCUCUGGCACCCAUGGCCAGUCAGGAGAUCAGAGACGGUUUGGAGAGCACGGCGUUUCUCUUGGCUGAUGAGUUGAGCGCGCAGCAGGCGUUGGCCAUUGUUGAGACGCUGGAGGAGAUUCAGAGUAGGAACCUCAGCUUGAUAAACAAGAUUGUAACAGUAAUCCAAAGAAACCUCGACAUCUACAGGCCCAUGGAGAUCGGUAGAAUCACCCAAUCCCUUUACCAGUUGCAUUAUCCGAAUCCACAACUCUUCGCCAAACUAAGAAGCAUCUUAGUCAAAUUCUUAGAGUGCAGCGUCCUCCCCUACGAAGUGACCAUGUUGACCCGCGUCCUGUCCAUGCUUCCUUCACCGCGCCUGGAAGAAGCCGUGAUCUCGCGGGUGGACGCAGUGGUGUCCCAGUGCAACCUCAACGACCUCAGUAGUAUUUCCUCAGCCGUGGCCAGGUGGCUUCGCAACGACCCGUCGUAUCGCCACGGCGCCCCCGGCAGGUACGUGGGGCUGCUGCAGAGCCUCAACCGCUGCGGCCAGCAGAGGCUGCAGACGGCCGAGCGGCUGGACCUGCUUCUCGAGGAACUCAAGAGCAUCUCGGGGGAGUGGUUUGAGGAAAUGUUGCUGGACGACACCGUGGCUACGCUACAGAGGAUGAUGGACCAAAUCAACUGGACCAACGUGCCAGAUGUGUCCAUCUUCUUAACCAGAAUAAAUCAUCACUGUCCUCCCUUAAUGGAGCGGAUCGCCGAUGUGGCCAUUCAAGACAUCGACAAGAUUCACCACUCUGCAACGUAUGCCACCCUCCUUCCAUUUUCUAUCCUCAAUUAUGAUUCCGAAAAGGCGGACAAGUUAUACGAUGUUUGCGUACAGCGCUUCACUCCUCAUAUCAGAUCCUUUGACCCUCAUAUACUAGUUCUGCUGGCCUAUAACUUGUCGGUAGCUGCCUGUUUUCCCGAAGAACUACUCAAAGAAAUCUUCAGCAUAGAUUUUCUGGGAAAACUGGACACCCAGCUGGAAAUGCUACCUGAUGCCCUGAACAUGCGGACCCGGCUACGUCUCAUGGAGCUCAACCGCGCCGUGUGCCUGGAGUGUCCUGAAUUUCAGGUGCCGUGGUUCCACGAGCGCUACUGCCAGCAGAUGCAAAAGAAAGGGAACGGGGCUAUCAAUCCUGUACAGAAGCAGAUUCACAAAAUGUUGGGCGAAGUUCUUGGUGGGAUUAAUUUUGUCCGCGUUGCAGAGGUCACGCCGUAUUUUUACACUGUAGACUUUGAAUGCCUUCUGGACAAGCGGCUGCAGCCGUUGCCUUACAGCCAGCCGAGUGCUUUGCAGAUCUCGGACAGAGGGAAGAUCCACUGGGACUCGAACUCACUGGACGACAUCAGGAACGAAAUUCCACCGGGAGCACAACGUGUUGCUAUCAACUUCAUCGAUUCCAAGUCUUUCUGCAAAAACUCCCAGCAUAUAAAAGGGGAGGCCCUAAUGAGGAAACGGCAUCUUGAAAUUUUGGGAUAUCGUGUUGUUCAGAUCCCUCACUUUGAAUGGAACUCAAUGGAGCUUUCAACACUGGAUGCGUGGAAGGAAUACCUCAAAAAGAAAAUAUUUACAGAGCUUUUGCCCUAAAGGAUUUAUUUAUUGAAAUAACAGUUCUAAAGUCAACACUGUUUGAGCCUAGUCAUCAUUUUACAGAAGUAUCAUCAAGUGCUACUUAUUUAUAUUCAUCAUGUCAUGGAUAUUUGCUUUCAUAGAGUAAAAAAUAUUUUUUACAAGA